AUGACUGACGCCUUCCUCGAGGUGGGUGAGAGGGUUGGGGAGAGGUGGGCGCGGGAGAGGGGAGUUGUGGGUGCGGGGAUAGGGCUGGGGGGUAGUUGGGAAGGGGCUGGGAGAUGGUUAGUCGUGGAGGGGGGUGGGGGUGGGGAUGGGGGAGGGGGGGGAGGGGGGGGGGGGGUGAGGGGGCAUGGAGAACGAAAGAGGGUGUUCCCGCGACGAGAUCGGACGGCUUCCUCGAGGUGCGGGAAAGGGGCGGGGAAGGGGUGGGCGUGGGGGAGGGGAGAUGUGGGGGCAGGGAGAGGGCUGGUGGCUGGGAGUGGGCUAGGAGAGGGGAGAGGGGGGGGAACAAGAGGGGAGGGGGAGAGUAGGGAGAGGGGUGGAAGGCAUGGACAAAGAAAUCGGGUGCGUUCGCAACAAGAUUGCAGACGCAUUCCUCGAGGUGCGCCGCGGGAGAGGGGGGGAAGGAGGAGAGGGGGGGGGGGGGGGGGGGGGGGGGGGAGGUGUGUGUCAGACCGCAUCAUGGUGCUGCGUAAGCUCGCGCAGGACAUGCGCGAGUGGAUACACCGGCGGGUGAGCCAUGGGAUAAGGGGUGAUUGUUAUGGGAUGGUGCCGGUAAGCAAUGGGGGGGCCCGCGAGGAGGGGAGAAGGGGGAUUAGAAAAGACGGAGGGAUAGAGGGUGCUGGCACAGGACAUGCGCGAGUGGCCGGCCUGCGGGAUGUAGGGGCUCUCUCCUCUGCUCUUUGUCACCCCAUUCUUCCCCUAACCCUCCCCCCCUCCCCCUGCACGCCUCUUUCCAACGCCUCUUCCCCACUCCUCUCGCCCACACCACUCCACCACACCUACUCCCCACUCCCUCUCUCCUACCCCUCUCCCCCACGCCUUUCCCCCACGCAUUUUCCUCACCCCCCUCUCCCCCCCCACCCCUUUCCCCCACGCAUUUUGCUCACCCCAUUCCCCCACCCACCCCCUUCCCCCACGCAUUUUUCUCACCCCUCUCCCCCACCUCUUUCCCCCAUGCAUUUUCCUCACCCCCCUCUCCCCCCCCAUCCCUUUCCCCCUCGCAUUUUGCUCACCCCUUUCCCCCACCCACCCCUUUCCCCCACGCAAUUUCCUCGCCCCUCUCCCCGUUCAAGAGGAUGCUGA